AGGAGAGAGGUACCAUUGCCGGUCGGGGCCUUAGUGCCUCAGCUCCCACGAACGCUGCACCGACGCCCUCUGGUUUCCACUUUCGGAGUCCCUGCAGUUUCUUUCCACGCUCAUCACCUAGCACCUGUUGUGCCGCCCGUGGAACUUGAUUCUCGAUUGGAAGAGCUCUCACACGGUCUUGGUGAUUUUUCUCGGAAGGUCUCCAAAUCCGCUCAGCAAUUGCUCCAGGGGUAUCUGCGUGGGGGGGAAGGGAGAGUGAUCUGGAGCUCUGCAGCCAUGGCGGGAGUAGCGGGCUUACUCACGUCAGCUAUAGUGAAGAUGGUGGGCGAUAAGCUAGGCUCCACAAUCGGCCAACAAGCCAACUUGGUGUGGACCUUCAGCCGUGACCUGGAGCACAUGAAGGACACACUGGAGUCCAUGGCGGCAGUGCUCAAGGACGCCGAGCGUAGGUCAAUUUGGGAGGAUUCAGUGCAGCUGUGGCUGAAGCGACUCAAGCACGCCGCCUUAGACAUUUCGGACAUGUUGGACCAGUUCCAAGCCAACUCCAAACCUACCAGCAGAAAGAUGGUGGGGGUUGUUUCAUGUCUUGAUAUUGCACCCAAGAUUAGUAUGGUAAAUAAAAUGAGGAAGAUGCGUGACAAACUGAGAAAAAUUGAAGAGGAUCACCUGAAUUUCAAAUUUGAGUCUUGCCAUAGGAUUGACAUUGAGCAUCAGUUUACUGACAGAGAAACAACAUCCAAAGUCAUCGAAGCAGGCAUCCUUGGGAGAGACAAAGAAAGAAGGAGAGUCAUAGAAUUGCUAUCUGCAUGUAAUGACAAAGAUGGCCUCCAAAUUCUUCCUAUCUUUGGUCUUGGUGGCAUAGGCAAGACGACAUUAGCACAACUAGUCUUCAAUGAUAUCCAUUUCAAUGAUUAUGACCAUCGGGUAUGGGUUUAUGUGUCCCAGAUCUUUGACUUGAGAAAAGUAGGGAACACCAUAAUUUCUCAAGUACUAAAGGAAGGGAUACAUCAUGGAGAUAGCAGGGAGUUCAUAUACCAACGCCUUCAAGAAUUACUUCAUGAUAAGAAGACACUCAUUAUUUUGGAUGACCUGUGGGAGACAGAUGACACUCAUUUGAAGGAGUUGAAGCUUAUGCUUAAUGUUAGCAGCAAGAUGAAAGUCUUGGUAACAACACGCAAUGAAGAAAUAGCAAAUAGAAUUUGCACCAUUACACCAUGCAGGCUUCGUCCCCUGAACAAUGCCAUGUGCUGGGAUAUUAUUAAGAAAAAUAUGAACUUUGAAUCUAGAGAGGACAAACAGCAGUUAGAGCAGCUUGGUCUGGUGAUUGCAAGUAAGUGUGGAGGUGUACCAUUAGCAGCUCAAGCACUGGGGUUCAUGUUAUCCAGAAUGGAUCUUAAGCAAUGGGAAGAAGUUAGCAGUAGCGAUAUAUGGAACGAACCUUUCGCAGAAAACUCGGUGCUGCCAUCCUUGAAGUUAACUUACAUCGCUAUGCCGCCAUAUUUGAGGUUAUGCUUUUCCUACUGUGCCAUCUUUCCAAGAGGCCACAUUAUUGCUAAAGACAGUCUGAUUCACCAAUGGAUUGCUCUUGAUUUCAUCAAGCCAUCAAAUAUAUUUUCCGAUGUACAGAUUGCUGAGAAGUAUGUGGGGCAGCUUUUAUGCAUGUCUUUUCUUCAGCACUCAAAGUUGCCAACGAGUGCUAAAAGACGACAUUGUGUGUUCACUAUGCAUGAUUUAGUGUACGACCUUGCAAGAUUAGUCAUUGACGAUGAGUUGACUAUCUAUAAUGCUAACAAAGUAAGAAAUACAGCGGGCCAAAAGUACUGCCGCUAUGCGUUGCUCACACAUUGUAGCAAGCCAUUGAAGAUGUCAACCAUCUUACCAGCCAAGUUACGGGCCAUGGGUUUUCAGGACUGUAGCAAACUCAGUCUGCGUGGUGGUGCCUUCUCAUUUGCGAAGUGUUUGCGUGUUCUUGAUUUGACUGAAUCCUCCAUUUGCAAGUUUCCAGCCUCUAUUAGCCAGCUGAAGCAACUGAGGUUUCUUAUUGCUCCGGGGAUGAAAAAUCGAAGGCUUCCAGGCAGCAUUAUUAGGCUCACAAAUUUGCAGCAUCUUGAUUUAUCAGGUUGUACUGAAAUAGUCAAAUUACCAAAAGCUCUUGGAAAUCUGAAGAAAAUGUUGCACCUAGAAUUAUCUUCCUGCUCCAGUCUUGAAGGGAUACCAGAAGCUACAUGUGCUCUCACGUGUCUACAGUAUUUGAAUUUGUCAGGGUGCUCCAAUCUUCAAAAGUUACCACAAGAUCUAGGCAGCCUCAUUGAGCUCAAGUAUUUCAGCUUAUCAGGCUGUACCAAAAUUGCAGAAUUGCCACACUCUUUUGGGAAGCUCACAAAUUUGUUGCAUCUAGAUUUGUCACGGUGCUUUUGUGUGAGUCCAAAAGCAUUGGGCAGCCUUGCUGAACUCAAGUACUUGAACUUAUCAGAGAGCCUCAAUGGUCGGCAAUUGGACUGUUGGGGAAGUAAUGGUUCUAUCAGCAUCUUCACCAACCUAGAGCAUCUUGACUUGUCUGGUAAUGACUUCUUUUCUCUACCCGGAAGUAUCGGUAAUCUCAAAAGGCUACGCACAUUAGAUCUCUCAGGGUGCAGAAAUUUGAGUUGCCUUCCUGAGAGUGUAGGCUCAAUCGAUAGUCUGGAGCUGCUGCUGGUUAAUGGCUGCUCGGAGAAUCUGAAGAAUUACAUCAGAAAAUCCGAGCUCAAAUGUAACCCAUUACACCAUUUAGUGGUCCGCUCAAACGAUGACGACUCUGUCAGCAAUCUUCAUCAGCUCGAGAGUAUAAAUUCUUCUGAGCUUGAAAUAAGCUGUCUCGAGAAUGUAAGGAUUCCAGGAGAAGCAAAUGGAAUUGAAUUGUGCAAUAAAGAAAACCUCUUGACAAUAACAUUUCACUGGACCAUGGAGGCUGCUCGUAAUCUGGAGGACAAGGAUGUCUUGGAAGAACUAGUUCCACCAAGUGGCCUGAGGCACCUGGAGGUAGAGGGGUAUAGCAGCAUUAGUUUUCCAAAAUGGUUCGUGGGCAUUUCCCACCACCUCCCAAAUCUUGUUUCUAUUCGAUUGCAGAAUCUACCGUGGUGCAGCAGUCUGCCACAACUCGGACAGUUAUCAAACCUAAAAGAGCUGUAUCUUGCAUCUUUGAGCAGCAUCACAAAGAUCAGUGGAGAUAUAUGUGGCAGCCGACGAGCAUUCCUUCAGCUCUCAAGAUUUGCUUUGUCAGACAUGGAAAGACUAGAAGAGUGGAACACAACAUACUGUGUCGGUGAUGGUACAGAAGAGUUCAUGUUCCCUGUGCUUGAUGUAUUGGAGACAAGGAAUUGCCCUAUGUUGAGGCUGAAACCAUGCCCACCUAUGUUUCGCUGCUGGAAAAUCAUUGACAGCGAUGAGGUGCUUAACUCAGGUGAUGCAGCGGAUAACUUCGGCCAUUUGGACUCCAAUGCACCAAGUACUAGGUUAGAGGUCUCGAGCAAGAGUUACUGCGGGAGUUGGAGGCUGCUUUACCACUUACUUGCUAUCCACGAGCUCAAAAUCGAUUUUCUCGACAGAAUGACAUGGUUGCCAGAUAUCAUGCGGCAGCUUGGGUCCCUCCAAUUGCUGGAGUUGAGCUCAUGCCACAACAUAUCGAUGUUGCCGGAAUGGCUUGGCGACCUCAAGUCUCUCAAAAGCCUGCACAUUUCAGACUGCGAGAUGAUCAAGACCUUGCCAUCAUCUAUACAACAACUCACGAACCUCCAGAAGCUACAGAUCGAGAACAAUCAUGGACUAAAACAGUGGUGUCAAUCAGAGGAGAACAAGACGAAGCUCGUGCACAUCAAGUACUUUAAUUUUUACGGCUGCUACUAUCCGCUUAGAACAAUGAAGUCAGAGCCAGAUCUAACGGAAGGGAACGGUCUGGGGGAACUAAUGAAGGCAUGGGCCGAUAAAGCGGAGCAGAGCGAUCUAGGGGGUGGAGCAAGGAGUCCCCCUCAGCCUGAUGAUGAGGAGCCCCUUUCACCCCGAUGACGAAUUUUAGCAGUCUGCAGGUUGAAGAAGGUCCUCCUGCUCAUUACGAGGUACAACUCCAUAUAAAUACAUGCAUUGUAAGAAAAAUGGUCAUUUUUUGUGAUUUCGGUAAUCGAUAAUAUAGUCAUUAGGAAUAAUAUGUUUGUUAAGAUAUAUCUUUGUAGGUGUUUAUAGGCUCCAACAAUGUUUUUUUCAAACCAUCCAAAUGAUGGUAAAAAUAAAGAGUUAGAAAGAUUUUGUAGCAGCCAACACAUAAUUAAAAUCUAAAGAUAAUAUUUUUUGGAAAAAGUUCAAAUUACUUUCUUAACCCUUAAAC